UGCAAACGAGGCUAUAUCAUACCCAGAAUCCUUUGUGAGAACCCGGAAGUAACUCAUCAUGGCAGACGACGAAACAGCCGGAUCAUUCGGACCUUCCAAACUCGGAACGAAAGAAUAUUGGGAUGCAGCGUACGAACGAGAAAAAACAAAUUUUGAAGAUCAUGCAGAUGUGGGGGAAAUAUGGUUCGGUGAGGACUGUAUGGAGAGGAUAGUGGACUGGUUCAGGGAAGGUUUGCUGGUGCAAACAGACAGCAGAAUCCUGGACAUCGGCUGUGGAAAUGGAGCUUUGCUUGUGGAAAUGGCAAAGGAGGGUUUUACCUCCCUGACAGGAAUGGACUAUUCCCAGCCCUCUGUAGACUUGGCCAUUGCCAUUUCCAACUCAGAAAAUGUCAACAUUGCAUAUCAGAGAGCUGACAUCCUCAACGAAGAAGACCCAAUCUUCUCGGCAGACAGAUUUGACAUCUGCACAGACAAGGGAACAUAUGAUGCCAUCAGUCUCAGUCCAGAUGAUGUGGUACAGAAGAGACAGACAUAUGUCAAUCAUGUUCACAGACUCCUGAAGGACGCAGGACUCUUGGUCAUCACGUCCUGUAACUGGACCAAGGAGGAGCUUUUGGAACACUUUUCUUCAGGUUUCGAGUCAGUUGAUGAAAUAAGACACCCCACCUUUAAAUUUGGAGGGAAAGUUGGGACCACGACAACCUCUAUUGUGUUCAGGAAAAAGGACAGCGGAUAAAGUGUCAGGCCUCUCAAGAUAAAGGAGAUAAAUGGCAAUAAACAUGUUUGAUAACCCUUUCUGUAAGGA